UUAAAAUGCUGAUCUUAUUCCAACUACUGCUGCUGCUCAGAGUGACGCGAAGCGAAAGAGAUCAGAUCUUUGAGACAAAGACUGUUGAUGUCGGAGAUGAAGUGAAGUUGACGUGCAGCCGCCAGACGACGAAUUUCGGAGCCAAGUUAUUUUGGAUCAGGCUUGUUUCUGGAAACUUGCCUGAAUUCUUGGGAGGAACAUAUUCCCAUGAUUACCCUGGUGUUAAGAAGACUCCUCACUUUACAGUCAAACAAGAGCCUGGAAGCUUUGUUCUGUACAUUAAUAAAACAGAGACGAGUGAUGCUGGAGUUUACUACUGCAUAGAACAAGAAACACUUGACAUGAAAUUAUUGAAUGAAACAUUUCUGAAAAUUAAAGGACCAGAACCUGAUAUAACUGCCGUCAUUCAAGUCCCUCCAUCUGAUACGGUCAGUUCAGGAGACUCUGUGACUCUGCAGUGUUCCGUCCUGUCCGACUCUGACAACCACACAUGUCCAAGAUAUGACAAGCUGUACUGGUUCAGAGCUGAUGAAUCUCAUCCCAGUUUAGUUUAUGUUCAUGGCAGUAGUGGUGAUGAAUGCAACGGGAGCCUUGAAGCUCACUCACCCCACAGAUGUGUCUUCAAUUUCUGUAAGAGUUUUAGUUCCUCUGAUUUUGGGACUUAUUACUGCGCUGUGGUCACAAGUGGAGAGAUUUUAUUUGGACAAGGAAUAAAACUGGAAAAUGAAGCACUCAACAUCUGGACUGUACAGAAGGACAAUACAGUUCUGUGUCUGUUAAGUGCUGCAUUGGCUAUAAGUCUGAUUGUUAUUGUCGUCCUGAUCAAGAAGAAAAUGUGUGAUUGUUGCAAAGCUGGAGUUUCUUUACAAACAGAGGCUGCAGCAGUCGGUGGUAAUCCGCCAAGUCAGCAGAGACACGAGGACUCAUUGGUUUAUUCUGCACCAACCUUCACCAGGAGGAAGGCUGGAAAAACAACCAGGAGAGGAAAUGUAAAACCUGCAGAUGGAGAAACAGUCUACUCUGGUGUCAGAGCUUAUGCGAUAAAUUAACAAUCCAAACAGUCGACUUUCUGAUUAAAUUGCUAUUAUCAUUCAUGUCUUGAACAUUGUCAAAAGAACAGUCAUUCACAUACAUGUCACAUCUGAUGUUAAUAACAAUAUUUGGAUCGUAUAAAAUAAUAUUUGUAUAAAAACAUAUUUGCAACUGCUUUUGGUGACACCCGA